AUGUGGACCCCAUCGUACGACAUCAUCGUGGAGACGUUGACCGGGUCGGAGUUCGAAGUAACGGUCAACGAUAUGGACACGGUGGGAUACAUCAAAUCGAAGAUACAGAAAUAUGAGGGAAUCCCGGUCAGUCAGCAGCAUCUGCUGUACAAACACACGGAGCUGACCGACGCGAUGGUGAUGAAGGAUAUCCCGCUGGUGAACGGAUCCCGCCUGAAGCUCGUCCUCGGCCUGAAGGGUGGCCCCAUCUCGUCCAAGCGGCUCGUCACCAUCUCCUCCGAUUGCGACAACUGGCUCGACAUGAGCGACGUGCUGUCGGGGGAAGAUUUGAUGAACCUCCAGAGCCCCAGGCUGAAGUUGCUCUUCUACAAGGACAACAAAAAGAAUGUCCACCGUUUGAUGAAAGUGCGCGCGGAGAAGGCGGGCGAUGGGAUGAAGAGCUCCAUCUCGCGAUCGGUCAUCGGCAGUGGUGUUGCCGGCCAGGCUGGUCACGGUUCCGGCACCGGCGCCGGCGGCGGCAGUGGAUCCGGCCAGAUGAGCCAAAAAGAGCGUGAUAUUGCCGUUACAAAAGAGAAAUUGGCACAAAUCAAAGCAAAGUUGAGCCAGAAAAAGAAGAGACUGAACGGUGGCGGUGGUGCACCGGUGAAUGGCGGCGAGACCACCGGUCACGAUGGCGCUGACGUGCACGACGCCACACGCCAGACGGCAACGACGAUGGUGUCCCUUCGUAGCGGAUGUGACCUAAUGAACGAGAUUGACCUCAGCAAUGCCUAUCGGUACCGUCACAAGAAGCGUCACAAUCAGCACUAUCAUCACCAUCACCAUCAUCAUCAUCAACAGCACCAGCAGCAUCUUGAGACUGUGAUUAAGGAGGAAAAGUGCCCAAUCGGUUACCACCGACCGACCACGGGCUACGAUGGGUCGCUACAUGCGUCCGGCGCUGCCGGAACGGCUAGUGGCCAUCGAAAGUCGAUGCCGGCGGUGAUUGACUUUGGUCGCCAGAAAACGGACGCCUCAACGACGGUCCCCUCGUUCAACUAUGGUUUGGUGAAUGUACUACACGGUGGCGGCAGCGGCGGAGGGGCCGCAUCGGCCGCAUCGGCCCGCCGCACCCAUACGGCGUCGUCGCUGGAGCAAGAGAAGCGAUCACAGAUACGAGAGCACUUGCAGCGCAAUCGCUCCUUCAAGACGAUCAGUGCCAAGAGUCUGGACUUUGGUCGCGAUGCGGCCGCGGCCGCGCUCCAUCUGAGUCAUCAUGGACCGAGCGCGGGCCUCGAACGGUCGCUGUCGUUCCACUCGAACGGAAUCCUGAACCGGAUGGAUUCGGAGCUGGGCGGCGGCGGGCGGCGUAGUAGUGGCCGGCUCGGGGCGGCUUCUACCGGCAGCAUUAGCGCCAGCCAGGCCCGGCUCGACGGUCGAGGCCGGGUGGGCCUGGGUGGUGGAGGUGGCUGCACCACGCAAUCGUUGCGCCAGCUGGACGAGAAAGUGUCCUCCGCCUCGCUGCACGAUCUGAUCGACCUACUCAAUUUCACCCCGUCCCGGAAACACCAUCGAACGUACUCGAACGAUGCGCUCAAUAAGCUGCUGGUGGGUGGCGCCAGCAAUGGUGGCGUAGGAGGUUGUCCGAAAAAGUACGGCGCGGCGGGUGCCAUGGGCAAGAAGUCGUUACCGGAUAUCAAUCCUCCAGCACUGAACAACAUUGACGAGUACAUUGCGGACUACGAUAUUGGCAUGAAAGCGUCCAGUGGUGGCACAGCGGCCACGACGGUGGGCGCCUCUGCCGCGGAGCUUGCGUUCAAAAGCGGGGCGCAUGCCGCCGUCGGAGACAAGACGGCAUUCCGUGCGUUGUACAAAUCAACAUCAGAUGGUGGCACCGUGUACGAGCUGCCGAAGCUGCUCGUCCGCGAAGACUCCCCGGUGGAAUCGUUUCUGGCGUCCUACUCGCAGCUAGAAACGGUCGCUACCGUGCGGGGCGAUUCCACCGGCAGCGGUCUGGAGCAGAGUAGUAGUGACCACACGGGUGGCACUACGGCGAAUCUAUCGGACAGCUUGCUCGAAGUGAACCUUCCGCAUGGCGCCACACCGUCGACGGCGGGUACGAUCGGUGACGUAACGGCGAAAGCCAAGCUGGCAUCGGAAUCGUUGCUUAAGCUGGCGGCCGAAGUUGCUGCCGAAUGUCGCUCAGCGGCCAGCGCCCGGUGUCCUCCGGCUCCGUCCACCAUUAGCCCUCCGCCCGGCGCGACACUGUUUGGCAGCAACGGCAGUCUGAUCAGUACGCCCGGGCCCAGCAAAGCACCGCUAAUGAGUGGCGGUGGCAGUUGUUCCAGUUCCUGGUGUCACCAUUGGAACAAUCGGCAAAGCGCCAGCUAUUCGUAUGGGCCCAGUGUCGGUCGUGCGGCCCAUUCGGAACUGGGCAUCAACGAGCUGGAGCUCAAGUUUGUCCGCAACAACGAUCGGGUGGCGACGAUCGAACGAGUGGAGCUACUGACGGCGGCGGCGGCCAACGGUGAUCAGUGCGGGCCAGCGUGUGACGGAAGCAAUCACGCGGUGGGCCACACUAGUGAUAGUAGAAAUGUGAUAAAGUUGCCGGCACUAUCGGGCCUGGAGAUCAACACCGGUGGCGGCUGGCUGCAGAUGACCGCGGCCGAUGCACUGCGCUUCGGUGGCGGAGACGACCUCGGUGACGAGGACGACGACGACGACCAGGAGGAAGAGGAGGACGACGAUGACGACGAGGACGACGGGGAUAACGAGGAUGAGGAACACGAUGGGGACGACGAUUUUGGUGACGAGGAGGGCGAUCUUGUUGGUGGCCACCAGGUGGUCAGGGACGAUGGCGACGAAGCGGACGGCGGGCGGGAAGAGCGCAUUUCGUCGUCUUCCUGUUCAUCGAUCCGCCGACCGCGGGCAACCUCGAAUUCGACCAGCUUCAUCCACAGCCACCUGUCGAUCUCGUCCGACGAGGACGAUCUGUUCAGUGUGGCCGAACUGGGCGGUGGGGCUGGUGGCGCCGCCGCUUCCACCGGCUACAGGGCGGCCGUGGGCAGCAAAUCGAAAUCGAUCGAUCUGAACGAGUUCCGGAAAGCGUUCGGUAGCAGCCCAACGCUACUGAACGCGGCCCUCGGCACGGGGACCAGCGUGGGGCGGCUUGUGCCACCGCAGCUGUCGCGGCUCGAAACCAUCCCGUCCCAGUAUCGGCGCGGUUACACGAACCUAAACGAUGCGUGCCUUUCGAGCUCCACGUCCGAGCUGGAGUGCGUCAGCAAUGGGGCGGCGGCGGCCGCAAAGAAGAAGCUGACCACGCUGCUGGCCCCGGACGGUACGAGCGAACUGUCGCCGCUGCUGAAGCAUCGUGCCAGCAACGAGCACAUCGCGUACGUGCGGAGUAACGAAAAUCUGAACCGCUACAAGGCCCUGUUUGCGGCCACACCGUCGUCGUCGUCGUCGUCGUCGGGUGGUGGUGGCGGCGGCGGCGAUGGUUCUGCCCGGCGGCGUAGCAGUGAAAACGGCGAAACGGUCGGUGGCGGUGGUGAUGCCCUGUACCUUCGGCACCAACGGCAGUCCCACGGCAGUGCUAGUGGCGCGCGCCAUUUGCACGGCAUCCGCGAUCAUCUGGCGGCCAUUGCCGAUUCGGCGGAGAUGCUGGGUGAUUCGAUGCACGGAAGUGGCGACGGCAGUACCGACGGGUCCAAUCUGGCCGACGAUGACCUUGGCCGCUGCUUCACGGUCGGCGGUGACUUUGAGUGCCGCUUCUCGAGGUUGAGCUGCUGCUCGGUGGCCAGCGGUGGUGGCACCGUUGACAAGUCCGUAUCGCCCCGCGGAUCCGCGGACGGCAGCCGGUUGGUGACGGGUGGCGGCGGUAGUGACGGCGCGAUGCGCACCGACAGCGGCACGGUCGACGAUCGUAAUCGACUGUUGUUCGGUGGUGGUGGUGGAACGGUGCUGGAUGGCGGAAACGGAAGCUCGACCCCGCUCCGGCGGCAGUCCGACUACUAUUUCCCCUCGGACGAGAGUCUGUUCAAUAUGGAUUCGUUUUUCGAUGAUUUCGUCGAGAUUGACACGAGCGACAUCUUCGAUAGUGCCGAAUUUAUUAACAUUAGCGCCCCGCCACUGUCCCACCAUCGGCAUCUGGCGCAACAGAACCAUCAUCCUCAGCAGCAGCAGCAGCACCAUCACCACCACCACCAUCAUCAUCAUCUGGGGACGAGAAAAAGUGUCUCCAGUUCCGGCCUGUUGCUGCCGGACAUACUGCACCAACAGCAGCAGCAACCGCAGCAGCAGCAGCAGCAGGCGCAGCAACAACCGCAGCAUGCCCACCAGGGUCACGGUCACUACCAGUAUCUGCUGUCGAAAGAUCACCAACAGCACGGUCCGCUGCGGCUCAACACGGCCGACCGGGAUGGUGACGGAAUUCAUUUCUCCGCCUCGCGUCGCAUCGCCCAGAUGCACCAGCACCACCAUGGCCCCCGGGGGCCACCGGCGGACGAUAUCGAUCUGGACGACGAACCGGGUAUCGCUUCCAUCAUCCAGCACAUCGAUCGGGAGCAGCUGUGCGAUCGGGGCGCCACCACGACGCUACCGCCGGCCACCAUUAACAGCAGGUCGGUGGGCAGCAACAACCACAACAACGGGCUCGGUGACCGGAUAGCGACGGAACGGUUGCUACGGUUGCCGCCACGCUCGGAUCUCGGCCUGUUCGGGUCUGCCGGGGCGGUACUAACGUUCCCGGCCGAACCGCUUACCGAUCGGGCACGAGACGGAGACGACCGCGAAGGGGUGGCAGGGCAUCAGCAGCACCACGCUACGGAGCAGAUUAAAUCGAAAAAGUUACGCUGCGCGCAGUGCAACAAAAAGCUCGGCGUCAUCAUGAUCAUGAAGUGUCACUGCGAGAAGAUCUUUUGCGCGCAGCAUCGGUACGCCGAGGCGCACAACUGUUCGUACGACUUUAAGCUGCAGGGCCGGAAGCUGCUCGAGCGCGAGAAUCCGCUCGUGGUGGCGGAAAAGUUGCCGAAAAUCUAAACUCUGGCGCGCAUGUGAUAAAAGUAGAGCAAGGGGGGGAGCACCGGAAGGGGGAGAAGGGACAGAUUGUGAUGCAAAAAAGGAGGACCAAGACGAUGGGACGAAUCGAAGGGGAACGGGUAUGAAACGUAAAUAUUUCGCAUCUAAUAGUAAUCAAAAUAUGCUUCUUUUUAUAUUCCCGCUGAUCGGUUCGGUUUUCCACCUAUGUAUAUGAGACGAUCCGACUAGAGACGAUCGCGAUUAGCGCCUCUCGAUUAGCGAAUUGUGUGCUUUUUUAUCAUUAAACUCCGCUGAAAACCGGUAUUUUGUUCCAAAACCAACCGAUUUUGAUUAGCAUUUUAUUACAAACUCAGUGCAAACCUCAGUUUGAUUCGGGUUACUCAACCCGCGUGUGUUGGUUUCGUUGAUGCGCAACGGUUUUAUGUGCUGUAAACAAUGUAAAAUAGCCAAUUAGCAAGAAGCAGAAAAAGAAAAGCAAAAAAAUACAGUAUGCGUGUAUUACUAAGGCGCAUCAAACGUUACUCCUCCCGCUAAUAGCCUGUUUCAAUAUCUUAGCACUA